GGAGCAGGCAGGCGCAUGCUCCCGGAAAGUGCGGCUCGGGGUUUUGCCCGUCACCAAUAUGGCCGACUGGGUAUCACGCCUUCCAGCCUUUCGUUGGCUGUCGCUGUUUUCAGACGUCACUGGGAGCGUCGGCAGCCGGAGAACCUAGGAGCUCCACGUGGGUCUUCUUCUGGUGGGCUCGGCUCCGCUCGGCGUGAGGGCAUGGAGACGCCCCGGAGAAGCCGGCGCCUGGGGAAGCAGGAGGCCGAGAGCCCCGCGGUCCCCGCGAGCCCGGCGACCCCGUCCCGGAGGCCCCGCAAGGCCCGGCGCGGCCUCCUAGGGCCCAAGGCCGAGGCGGCGUUAGAGCCGGUACCGGAAGCGGCGGCGGGGGCGGGCGAAGCGGGCCCGGGAUCCCCGCGGAAUCACCCGGAGCCUGGCCUGGGAUCCCCUAAGAAUAGGGGCAAGGACUUGGGAUCAGCCCAGAAACAGGAUCUGGGUCCAAAGUCUCCCCAGAACCUAGGACCUAGUUUAGGGUCCCUCAAGAACUUUAAGGGACAGGAUUUGGGGUCCCCCCAGAGAAAGGAUCAGGGCCCCCAGAAUCAUCCAGAGCCUAGUCUGGGGUCCCCCAAAAGCCAGCAGAAUCAGCAGGCCAAGGGCGCUGGCGGUAAAAGAGAGCCAGGCCUGAGACCCUCUCAAAGCCCCAAGAAGCCUUGUGUGGGGUCCCCCAAGAAUCACGUGGAGCCCAGCCCCAAAGCUACCCCUUUGGAGGACUCCAAAUCUGCCCCAGAAGCCAGCUCAGUGUCCCCCCAAAGUCUGAGAGACAAGGAGUCGGUGUCCCAUCGAGGACAGCCCAGAGAGUGCCCUUUGGGUCAGCCCGAGCCAGUAACCCCUAAAUCGGGGGUGCUGCCCCAGGAUGGAGCCGCAGAGACACUGCCAAGGUCCCAGGCACCCCAAACCAAGAAGCGGGAUGGCUCUCCUGCCCCCACCCCGGCACCCAAGAAGUCCAAACAGGAGGCCCUGGUCAUUCCCAAAGGAAAGCCCAAAUCCGGCCGCGUGUGGAAGGAUCGCAACAAGAAAAGGUUUUCCCAGAUGGUCCAGGACAAGCCGCUCCGGACAUCCUGGGAGCGCAAGAUGAAGGAGCGCCAGGAGAGGAAGCUGGCCAAGGAUUUUGCGCGACACCUGGAGGAGGAGAAGCAAAGAUGCAAAGAGGAGAAGAAAAAGCGGCGAGCGGAGAACAUAAAGAGGCGCCUGGAGAAUGAGCGGAAGGCAGAGAUCGUCCAAGUGAUCCGGAACCCCACCAAGCUCAAGCGGGCCAAGAAAAAGCAGCUCCGGCGCAUCGAGAAGCGGGACACCUUGGCACUUCUGCAGAAACAGCCCCCACAGCGCCUAGUGGCCAAGGACUGAGUGGCUGCAGGAGCCUAAUUGUCGCCUUCCUUCUACCCCCAGCCUUUGGCACCGCCCGGCAAGGAUGGCUAUGGGGACUGGAUCCACUUGGAGGAAGCUGGGCUUGGACCUUGGGGGCGGGAGGGGAGCAGACGUUCUUUGGACUCCAGACUGAGAGACAUGUCAUUGUCACCAUCUUGGGAGGCAGGAGUGGGGGCCCAGAGGGCAUCUGGCUGCCAGCCAGCAGUGAAUACCCCACUUCUGGACUCCCCACCCCCUUGAGGAGGACCUGCAGAGAGAGCUGCUGCGUUUCUUUCUGUUUGUUAAAUGAUAGCUUUUAUUUUCAAAAAUACACGCAAAGAGAGUUUUCAACAUUCA